ACGCCGCGCGCCUCUCGGCUGUCCGGGCGUUGCCCGGCCCCUUCUCUUCGGCGCAUGCGCAGCAGCGGCACGUCGUGUUGGGGAAGGUGCUGUUGGUGGCCGCGGCCUAAGCCCGGGGGGCGCGUUCCGUCCCCCCCCCCCCGCCAGGUCACUGGCCAUGGAGGGCACAGAGCCCGCAGAGGAGACGCCCCUGCUCUCUGCAGCCAUGCGGGCAAAGAUAGAGCGGAAUCGCCAGCGGGCGCUGAUGCUGCGACAGGCCCGGUUGGCUGCCCGGCCCUACCCUGCUGCCCCCAACGAAGGAAGUGCUAAAGUUAAAGCACCUCCAAAGAUAAUUGACACAGGGGGAGGGUUCUUUUUGGAAGAGGAGGAAAAGGAGGAACACAAGGUUGAGAAAAUUGUCCAUCAGCCAGGACCUGUACUAGAAUUUGAUUACCUUAUUUGUGAGGAAUGUGGCAAACAAUUCAUGGACUCAUAUCUCAUGCAGCACUUUGAUUGGGCAACAUGCGAUAAUUGCAGAGAUGUUGAAGGUAAGCAUAAGCUUAUAACAAGGACUGAGGCAAAGCAAGACUACCUUCUUAAAGACUGUGACUUAGAUAAGAGAGAACCAGUGCUCAAAUUUAUUUUGAAGAAAAACCCUCAUAAUUCACAGUGGGGUGACAUGAAGCUUUACUUAAAAUUACAGGUAAUAAAACGUUCGCUUGAAGUUUGGGGUAGUGAAGAAGCGUUGCAAGAAGCAAGAGAAACCCGCCAAGAUAAUAGAGAGAAGAUGAAACAGAAAAAGUUUGAUAAAAAAGUUAAAGAGCUCCGUCGAGCUGUUAGGAGCAGUUUGUGGAAAAGAGGAACAGGUUCCCACCAGCAUGAGUACGGACCCGAAGAAAACAUUGAAGAAGAUAUGUACAAAAAGACAUGUACUAUAUGUGGCCAUGAAUUAACAUAUGAGAAAAUGUAAUAGCCCUUGAUUGAUUUUACAUAAAAUGCACCUUUUGUAAUGUUAAUAUUUUGUAUCAAGUAAAAUAAAAAUGAUUGAAAGUAAAUCUUUGUGCAGGAUCGCACAGAGAAAACAG